AUGGCUUCAGCUCUCACCACCGGCGCGACCGCCAGCAACUCCCUCUCCCAAGCUCCAGGCUCUCGCACCACCGCCCGUCAAACACGCACAAACCCAUCUCGCGUCUCCAAAACCGCCGCUCGCUCAUUCCCGUACUACGGCUCCCACCACGGCGCAUCAUCCACCGGCGACGCUGCUGGUGCCGGACAAUCAGCAGCGAACAACAUUCCUCACGGCUUAUUCCCAGCCCUCACCCACUUCACCGAUGCGAUUACGGCGUUGCCGAGAGAGUUUCGGAGACACAAUUCGUUGUUGAAAGAAGUUGAUGCGAAGGCUUGGGCGUUGGAGGAUAAUUUACAUCAGUUGCUGUUGAGUGCGUCGGAUUCGCGACCGGUGCCCUUUCCGCAAAAUCCGGCGCCAAUUGUAGAUGGGGAGGUGAGGGAGUAUGCUCAUGCUUUGAAUGACCCCCAAAAUGCCGAGUCGCAAGAAAGCAAACAACGUCGGUUGUUGUUCGAUCGUAUCCGACAUACCCUGUCCGACCUCAUGCUGACCGCCGACGAGAAGAACCACGUCUUGACGAAUGCGAAUGAAGAACUCGAUCACCAGCUAUACCGCCUCAAGGAAGUCCACCCAUUCAUCUCCAACGAAGUCAGCGAGGAGGCUAGACUGGGUAGUCUCACUCAUUGGGCGUACUCGAACCGGGCUACUGCGAAAGCGGCGGCCAAAACGACAACGACUGAGCGUCCUCGUCGUGAAGCUGCCUCGUCUACAUCACAAUUUGCUCAGGGUCUACACGAAGUAGAUGUUGCACCGCAUCGAAGCGAGGCUCGGCGGGACACCGCAGGCCGAAACCGGCGUCGCAAUCCGGUGGACUCGGACUUUGAUGAGACGCGUCCAGGCCAGCGCAAAGGUGCUGCUAAGUCUCGUGCAGGCGACGGCGCUGAUGCUACGACUGCGCCUGUGCCGAAGCGGAGGAGGGUUGUGGAUAAACCAGCUGCCGUACAGACAGGUAGUGUCGCGAUGGAACGUUCUACCAGCACUGUGACGAAUAACGGACGCACGGCUUCCAAGGACAGUGCCGGUACGGAGGUAAAGAAGAGAGUGCGAGCACCGAAUGCCGUUACUACUGCUGGUCGCAAGAGGAACAAUACUGUUACGUCAACUGUGGAUUCUCCUUCAGUACCAUCGCCCCCAGUAAUUGGGACUUUCAAUCCUCCCAGGAGUGCCGCCAGUCCAGGACCUCGACCUCAAUCAUCGCGCGCUCAACAAUCGAUCACUCAGACUACAUCCCGCCAGCGCCCACCUUCAGCUUCUAGUCGCGCAAACAAUGGCAGCAAUAAACCACUGGACUCCAAGGCCAAUAUCUCGACGGAUGAAUCUGCAAAGGAAAAGACACCCCAAUUGGCUUCUGGAGAUACCAUCAAAAAGGACGCUCUGGAGACAAAGACAACCCUGUCUCUUGACAAGGAAGAUCGCCCUGAGCUGAAACCAUUGGACACUGUCAAUGCUGCAGUGCAAAUGUCGCCUGCACUUUCUACGAUUGGUGUUACAAAGGGACGCUCAUCCAAAACCUCGACUCCGGUGGUAUCUACCUUUGCAGAGUCGCAAACCCGAGCCCGCUCUUCUCGCAACAACAACAACACCACCACCACCACCACCACCGCCACGACCACCGCCAGCAAUUCUGAGGCAGCUCCAGCAACGAAACGCAACACGCACAAAAAGAGCAACAGCACCGUCUCAGCAGCGUACAAAGCCAAAAUGGUCCAACAAGAGGAAGAAGAAGAAUCCUCUCGCGAGGGUGAUGAUGAGGAUGACGAGAGUGAGCCGCGGUACUGUUAUUGCAAUCAAGUUAGUUUUGGGGAGAUGGUUGCGUGCGACAAUGAUGCUUGUCCGACGGAGUGGUUUCACUUGUCGUGUGUGGGAUUGGCGAAGCCGCCUGGUCGGAAUGUGAAAUGGUAUUGCACCGAGUGCAAGGAGAGUAUGAAGCGGGGUCGGGUUUCGGCUCGGUAG